AUGCGAGCCGAGGUGGAGGAGAGAGGACACUGGGGAAGUAAGGUGGAGUUUCUCCUGGCUGUUGCUGGAAAUGUCGUUGGCCUGGGUAACGUGUGGAGGUUUCCUUACCUCUGCUACAAAAAUGGAGGAGAUGACUGUGUAGACUUUUCAAUAAAAAACGCCAGCGUUCCGUGGACCAACCAGACGAAUUCGACCUCUGCAGCCACAGAAUUCUGGGAACGCCGUGUGCUGGCUAUCUCAGGGGGCAUUGAGGAGAUCGGCAGCAUCAGGUGGGAGGUGAUGUUGUGUGCAAUUGCUAUGUGGAUCACCUGCUACUUUUGUAUCUGGAAAGGGGUCAAGUCCACAGGGAAGGUGGUGUAUUUCACGGCUACCUUCCCCUAUGUCAUGCUGUUAAUUCUUCUCAUUCGUGGACUCACCCUUCCUGGUGCACUACAAGGAGUGAAGUUUUACCUUCUGCCUGAACCCUCCCGCCUCACAGAUCCUCAGGUGUGGAUGGAGGCUGGGUCUCAGAUCUUCUUCUCGUACAGUGUCGGUGUGGGAUGCCUAACUGUGCUCGGAAGCUACAACAAGUACAACAACAAUUGCUAUAAGGACUGUCUGUGGCUGUGUUUGCUGAACAGUGGUACCAGUAUUGUAGCUGGGUUUGCAGUCUUCUCAGUGCUGGGAUUCAUGGCACAUGAGCAAGGCGUCCCAAUUGCAGAAGUGGCAGAGUCAGGUCCAGGCUUGGCGUUCAUUGCAUAUCCUCAGGCUGUAGCCAUGAUGCCUCUGCCUCAACUGUGGUCCAUCUGUUUCUUUGUCAUGGUCAUUCUCCUGGGUCUGGACACACAGUUCGUCAGCAUGGAGGCAGUGAUGACGUCCGUCAUUGAUAUGUUUCCUGACGUUAUGCGCAGGACAGGCCGACGGGAGAUGUUCCUCCUCUUCUUCUGCUUAAUAUGCUUCUUCUGUCAGCUUGUCAUGAUCACUGAAGGAGGGAUGUAUGUGUUCCAGAUGAUGGACUACUAUGCUUGUAAUGGAGGCUGCAUCCUCUUUCUCUGUGUGUUUGAAACGCUGGCACUGGGAUGGAUAUUUGGGGCAGAGCGGUUGUAUGGCAUCAUCAAGGACAUGACAGGGGUGAACGCCAGCCCGUUUUUCAAAAUCUGCUGGCUCUACUUCACACCACUGGUGUCACUGGGAUCUUUUAUAUAUUCUUUAGUCGAGUACCAGCCUCUGACCUUUAAUCGCUGGUACGUGUACCCAGACUGGGUAUAUGUGUUAGGCUGGCUACUGGCUCUCUCCUCCGUCCUGCUUGUGCCUGGAUGUGCAUUGUAUAAGCUGAUCACUGGGACUGGGACCCUCAGACAGCGUUUUCAUCACCUGUGCCAGCCUGACAUUGAAAACUUACCGACCCAAAAGCAGGAGGGAAACAACAGCUUACUACCAGCUGAUGUGAAAGAACAGAACGAUCACCUGAUACUCAACUCGUGAGCAACUGCAUCUAUGUGUUCAACAACUUAGAUUUGGCACUGAGUGGGCUGCUGACUGCUGACAUACUAGCAUGGCCUAAAAUCCAAAGGCUUGUCUGUUUCUUUUUGCUGUGUCAUCCUAAUCAUAGAUACUGCACUUGUAAAGAAAAAACAUCACUGCAUGUGGAAAUGGUUAUCGGAGCAGCUUUUUCCUUUCCAUGUCCCUGAAAGAAACAGAAUCACUUAACUUUUGACUGUGUGAUUGUGUUUGUAAUCUUUUAUAGAGACAGAAAAUGACAAAUGUCAUUCGACUUGUGUAAUUCAGUAGAUAAAGUUUAAUAAAAUGUACACC